AUGAGGGGCCCGGCACGGGCGCUCACAUGCUCCUCAUGUGGACUUCUCCUCUUAAAGGGUGGGCCCUCCUCAGCCAGCUUCCUGUCUGGCCAGAGGAGGAAGCUGGAGGCCAGGCUGGGCCCUCCCCGCUCUGCCACUGUAGCAGCUCAAAUGUUGACGGUUCCAGCCCAUGUCUCCGGUGAGUGGGGCUGUGCAUGGGUGAGAGCUCCCUGUUCCUCAGUUGGCAGGGCAGGACCAGAAAGGCCGAUGAGCAAACAAAGCUCCUCAUGCAUCUUGCCUGAGGGACAGAAAGCUUGGAUAGAAAAAACCUUCUGCAAGAGAGAAUGUGUCUUUGUAAUUCCCAGCACUAAAGACCCUAACAGGUGUUGUUGUGGCCAGCUUACCAACCAGCAUAUCCCCCCUCUGCCAAGUGUAACAUCCAGCAAAAAUGAAGAGGAAAAUAAACAGGUGGAGACUCAGCCCGAAAAAUGGUCUGUCAGCAAACACACCCAGACCUACCCAACAGAUUCCUAUGGAACUCUUGAAUUCCAGGGUGGUGGAUACUCCAAUAAAGCCAUGUAUAUCCGUGUAUCCUAUGACACCAAGCCAGAUUCGCUGCUUCAUCUCAUGGUUAAAGACUGGCAGCUGGAACUCCCCAAGCUCUUAAUAUCUGUGCACGGAGGCCUCCAGAACUUUGAGAUGCAACCCAAGCUGAAACAGGUCUUUGGAAAAGGUCUGAUCAAAGCCGCCAUGACCACUGGGGCCUGGAUUUUCACUGGGGGCGUCAGUACCGGUGUUAUCAGCCACGUAGGGGAUGCCUUAAAAGACCACUCCUCCAAAUCCAGAGGUCGGGUUUGUGCUAUAGGAAUUGCUCCGUGGGGCAUCGUGGAAAACAAGGAAGACCUGGUUGGAAAGGAUGUAACAAGAGUGUACCAGACUAUGUCCAACCCCCUAAGCAAGCUGUCUUUGCUCAACAACUCACACACUCACUUCAUCCUGGCCGACAAUGGCACCCUGGGCAAAUACGGUGCCGAGGUGAAGCUGCGGAGGCAGCUGGAGAAGCACAUCUCUCUGCAGAAAAUUAACACAAGGCUGGGACAGGGUGUGCCUGUCGUGGGCCUAGUGGUGGAAGGAGGCCCUAAUGUGGUUUCCAUUGUCUUGGAAUAUCUCCGAGAAGACCCUCCAGUCCCCGUGGUGAUUUGUGAUGGCAGUGGGCGAGCCUCGGACAUUCUGUCUUUUGCACACAAGUACUGUGAAGAAGGAGGGAUAAUAAAUGAAUCCCUCAAGGAUCAGCUUCUAGUUACCAUUCAGAAAACAUUUAAUUACAACAAGACACAAUCUCAUCAGCUGUUUGCAAUUAUAAUGGAGUGCAUGAAAAAGAAAGAACUCGUCACUGUGUUUAGAAUGGGUUCCGAGGGUCAGCAAGACAUCGAGAUGGCAAUUUUAACGGCCUUGUUGAAAGGGACAAAUGCAUCAGCCCCGGACCAGCUGAGCUUGGCACUGGCUUGGAACCGCGUCGACAUAGCACGAAGCCAGAUCUUUGUCUUUGGGCCCCACUGGCCGCCCCUGGGAAGCCUGGCGCCCCCCACCGAUAACAAAGUGACGGAGAAGGAAAAGAAGCCACCUACAGCAACCACCAAGGGGGGAAGAGGGAAAGGAAAAGGCAAGAAGAAGGGGAAAGUGAAAGAGGAGGUGGAGGAAGAAACUGACCCCCGGAAGAUCGAGCUGCUGAACUGGGUGAAUGCUCUGGAGCAAGCCAUGCUGGACGCUUUAGUCUUAGAUCGGGUCGACUUCGUGAAGCUCUUGAUUGAAAACGGAGUGAACAUGCAGCACUUUCUCACCAUUCCGAGGCUAGAAGAGCUUUACAACACAAGGCUGGGUCCACCAAACACACUUCAUUUGCUGGUGAGGGAUGUAAAAAAGGGCAACCUGCCACCAGAUUACCACAUCAGCCUCAUUGACAUAGGUCUUGUGCUGGAGUACCUCAUGGGCGGGGCUUACCGCUGCAACUACACUCGGAAGAGCUUUCGGACCCUUUACAACAACUUAUUUGGACCUAAGAGGCCUAAAGCUCUUAAACUUCUAGGAAUGGAAGAUGAUGAGCCUCCAGCCAAAGGGAAGAAAAAGAAAAAGAAGAAGAAGGAGGAAGAGAUCGACAUUGAUGUGGAUGACCCUGCUGUGAGUCGGUUCCAGUACCCCUUCCACGAACUGAUGGUGUGGGCCGUGCUGAUGAAACGCCAGAAAAUGGCGGUCUUCCUCUGGCAGCGAGGCGAGGAGAGCAUGGCCAAGGCCCUGGUGGCCUGUAAGCUCUACAAGUCCAUGGCCCACGAGUCCUCUGAGAGCGAGCUGGUAGAUGACAUCUCCCAGGAUUUGGACAACAAUUCAAAAGACUUCGGCCAGCUUGCCGUGGAGUUGUUAGACCAGUCCUAUAAGCACGAUGAGCAGAUCGCCAUGAAACUGCUGACCUAUGAGCUGAAGAACUGGAGCAACUCCACCUGCCUCAAGCUGGCAGUGGCGGCCAAACACCGGGACUUCAUCGCUCACACCUGCAGCCAGAUGCUGCUGACAGACAUGUGGAUGGGAAGGCUGCGAAUGAGGAAAAACCCCGGCCUAAAAGUUAUAAUGGGGAUUCUUCUUCCCCCUACCAUCUUGUUUUUGGAAUUUCGCACAUAUGAUGACUUCUCAUAUCAGACAUCCAAGGAAAAUGAAGAUGGCAAAGAAAAAGAAGAGGAAAAUGUGGAUGCCAAUGCAGACACUGGUUCAAGAAAGGGCGAUGAGGAGAAUGAGCACAAAAAGCAAAGAAGCAUUCCCAUUGGAACAAAGAUCUGUGAAUUCUAUAACGCUCCCAUUGUCAAGUUCUGGUUUUACACAAUAUCAUACUUGGGUUACCUCCUGCUAUUCAACUAUGUCAUCCUGGUGCGGAUGGACCGCUGGCCUUGUCUCCAGGAGUGGAUUGUCAUCUCCUACAUCGUGAGCCUGGCAUUAGAGAAAAUACGAGAGAUCCUCAUGUCAGAACCAGGAAAACUCAGCCAGAAAAUAAAAGUUUGGCUUCAAGAGUACUGGAACAUCACGGAUCUUGUGGCCAUUUCCAUGUUCAUGAUUGGAGCAAUCCUUCGCCUACAAAAGCAGCCAUACAUGGGCUAUGGUCGAGUGAUCUACUGUGUGGAUAUCAUCUUCUGGUACAUCCGUGUCCUGGACAUCUUUGGUGUCAACAAGUAUCUGGGGCCUUACGUGAUGAUGAUUGGAAAGAUGAUGAUUGACAUGCUGUAUUUUGUGGUCAUCAUGCUGGUUGUGCUGAUGAGUUUUGGAGUAGCCCGUCAAGCCAUUUUGCACCCAGAUGAGGAGCCUUCUUGGAGACUGGCCCGAAACAUCUUCUACAUGCCCUACUGGAUGAUCUAUGGAGAGGUGUUUGCAGACCAGAUAGACCCUCCUUGCGGUGACAACCAGUAUGAUGAGGAAGGCAAGCGGCUCCCUCCCUGUAUCCCAGGCGCCUGGCUCACACCGGCCAUCAUGGCGUGCUACCUACUGGUAGCCAACAUCCUGCUGGUGAACUUGCUCAUUGCAGUUUUCAACAAUACCUUCUUUGAGGUAAAGUCAAUAUCCAACCAGGUGUGGAAAUUCCAACGAUAUCAGCUGAUAAUGACAUUUCAUGACCGACCAGUCCUACCUCCACCAAUGAUCAUUUUAAGCCACAUCUAUAUAAUUAUUAUGCGUCUUAGCGGUCGCUGUAGGAAGAAAAGAGAAGGGGACCAAGAUGAACAGGAUCGUGGAUUGAAACUAUUUCUCAGUGACGAGGAGCUGAAGAGGCUGCAUGAGUUCGAGGAACAGUGUGUUCAGGAGCACUUCCAGGAGAAGGAAGACGAGCAGCAGUCGUCCAGUGACGAGCGCAUCCGUGUCACAUGCGAGAGAGUUGAAAAUAUGUCAAUGAGAUUGGAAGAAAUCAACGAAAGAGAAAAUUUUAUGAAAACUUCCCUACAGACUGUGGACCUUCGCCUUUCUCAACUGGAAGAACUGUCGAACAGGAUGGUGAAUGCUCUUGAAAAUCUCGCAGGAAUUGACAAGUCCGACCUGAUCCAGGCGCGGUCCCGAGCUUCUUCUGAAUGUGAUGCAACUUACCUUCUAAGACAAAGCAGUAUCAAUAGCGCCGAUGGUUAUAGCAUGUACAGAUAUCAUUUUAACGGAGAGGAGUUGCUGUACGAGGAUCUCUCAAUGCCACCAGGGACAGGAUUCAGGAGGAAAGCCUGCUCCUUCCGAAUGAAGGAAGACAAGGAGUCAAAAAUGCAUCUAGUACCAGAGCGUCAAGAUAGCCUUCACCUUUUACCCAGCACAAGCCCACCAGCAACACCUGACUGCAGUCAACUUGCAGUAGACAACAUAAAGAACUCUUCAGAGCUGAAAUUAGGUCCAGAUAUUGGGAUCUCAGCUGAAGAUGAUGGAAAGCAGGCAGACUCUAAAAGGGAAGAAACCAUUCCCCCAAGUGUAAAUCAAACAGAUGUUAUGCAUGGACAGAACAAAUCAGAUUUUCAGAACCGUCAGCUAACAGUGGAGACAACACAGAUAGAGGGCACAAUUUCCUAUCCCCUACAAGAAGCAAAAUUGACACGCUAUCGCCCUGAUGAAACGUUCAGUGCUUAUAAAACAAUGAAGUCCAGAAGCUUUGUAUAUUCCCGUGGACGAAAACUGGUCAGCGGGGUUAACAACAGGAGUACAGAAUACAGUUCAAUCAUGGACCCAGCAGGACCCUCUACAGUUCAACACUGGACGACAGAAUGGAAAUAUCAAGUUCAAAAGAUCACACGUUCUCGAAGUACAGAUAUCCCUUACAUUGUGUCAGAAGCUGCAAUGCAAGCCAAGCAUAAAGAGCAACUUACAGACACCGAAGAUGAAAACUGUGUUUCUGAAAUAGUCCCUCAAAUCUCUCAUUUAUCUCUAACUGUAACUGACAGAACUGAAAAGGAAAAUUUACUGUCUGUGAAGCCAGACCAAACUAUGGGAUUUCCAUCCUUAAGGUCAAAAAGUUUACAUGGCCAUCCUAGGAAAGCUAAAGCCAUUCAGGGCACACUAGACAGAUCUGGACACGCCAGCAGUGUAAGUAACUUAGUGGUUGUGUCUGGAAUUACAACAGAAGAGCAGAAGGCUAACCAAGAGAAAACUUCCACAGAAACUCAAUGCUAA